CUAUAUUCCAAAUUAAACAUGGUAGAGAAAUUAAAAGUAUCAGUGAUAGGAUCUGGAAAUUGGGGAUCAUGUAUUGCUCGUAUUUGUGCAGAAAAUACAGCAUCAAGUGAUAUGUUUGAAAAAGACAUCAGGAUGUGGGUGUUUGAAGAAUUGGUUAAUGGACGUAAAUUGACCGAGAUUAUCAAUGAACAGCAUGAAAAUAUAAAAUAUCUUCCAAAUAUCAAAUUACCUACCAAUCUGAUUGCCAUUCCUGAUGUUGUGGAAGCAGCCAAAGAUGCCAAUAUUCUUGUCUUUGUUUUACCACAUCAGUUUGUAUAUAAAGUGUGUGAAUCCUUGAAAGGGGUAUUAUCCACCAACUGUCGAGCCAUCUCUUUGAUCAAGGGAUUGGACCUUCGAGAUAAUGAAUUGGCGUUAUUUUCAGAAGAAAUUGAACGUAUAUUAGACAUUCCAUGCGCGGCAUUGAGUGGAGCCAAUAUUGCUAGUGAAGUGGCAGAAAAACAUUUUGGAGAGGCCACAGUUGCUUGUCGAGAUAUAGAAAAGGAAGGACCUAUCUAUGUUGCAUUAUUCAAUACAAAUUACUUUGAUAUCCGAGUGAUUGGUGAUUGGCGUGGAUUACAAGUCUGUGGUGCAUUAAAGAAUGUGGUGGCAGUUGCAUCUGGUAUUGUGGAUGGAUUAAGAUUAGGUAACAAUACAAAAGCAGCUGUCAUCAGACAAGGAUUAUUAGAAAUGCGACGAUUUGGGAAAACAUUUUUCGGUGGCGUACAUACUGAAACGUUUUUUGAAUCGUGUGGUGUGGCAGAUUUGAUCACUACAUGUGCUGGUGGUCGUAAUCGUCGUGUCACUGAAGCUUUUGUCCUUACUGGGAAGCCCAUCGAUGAAUUGGAAAAGGAAAUGUUAAAUGGUCAAAAAUUACAAGGUACUAUUACUGCUGCAGAAAUCUACGAGUUCUUAUCAUCUCACAACAUGACACGUGAAUUUCCCCUCUUUACUAUCGUUUAUCGUAUCAUCUAUGAAAAAGCCCCUCCAUCAUCCCUCAUUGAAAACCUACGUACGCAUCAAUCUUUUGAUAAAUAGUUUCUGUAUCAAUGAAUCAAUCAUCACCUGCAAUCAAAUACAUUUAAAAAAAAAUAAACUAC